AAAGAGGGCGGGGUUUAAUUCUCUCUCCGUAAUUUUAAGGUGCCGUUCGACUCCACAGAGAAUCAUCCCCGUCACCCCGGGCAACAAAACGAGCUCCCUAUCGGUGGGAGGAGCUACCGUUGUCCGUCUUUGGCUUAAUCGAAACAAGAACACACAAAAACUACACUACACAAGAAUCCUAACUGACAAAUCAAGUCACAAAAAUGUCUUCGCUUAGCAAUAAAUCUGCGCAGGAGAUCAGCGAGCUGCUGGAUGAGUAUGGGAUCAAACACGGGCCUGUGGUCGACUCCACCAGAAGUCUGUAUGAAAGGAAACUGAAAGAAGCCAUGGCCAAAGGGAGAAAAACAAAACCAUCACCUGACAAAACCUUCUACAGAGAAGAGGAGCAGGAGGAAGUCGUCUAUGAAUACAGGACCCCUGUGAGGAGUGAAGGGGCAGGAGACAGUGGGGCUUACAUGAGGUCCAGACCAGAGUGGAAUGAGAGGGAAUAUGAACAAGAAGCAUCCUACUCAACCUACUCAAAGUCAAAGCCUGAAUACAGAGGAAGAGACUUUGCUGAUGGGCCCUCCAUGUACGACUCACCGUCCACUUACAGAAACUCCUACCUGCAAUCGACACCAAUGAAAUCUCAAGAAGCUCCAAAGGCACAAAACUCAUCUCGCCUCGUCCCGCUCUGGAUUCAGUUUGUGAUCUUCCUGGCUAUUGCAGUCUUCCUCUACUUAGUUUUUUCCAAUAUGGAGGAAAAUGAAUCCCUUAAAGGAAUAGAAUGAUUUUUACUUUGUUGUGCAUUUUAAAUCGGGUGAAUGUAUUUUGGUUGAUGCCUUUAUUUUUGACAUUGCUGAAAUUGGGCUUUAUGCAAUAUUUUUAUGCUUUAUAAUUGCAGUUUACUUGCUUGCUUGCUUAUGUUUAUAGUUGAACUUCUCACCCAGCUUCACUACAGCAGAACUACUAAAAUAGUUGAAGAUGCCACAUUUUAAAAGGAGAUACCACUCAAAAAUACACAAUCCCUCUUCCUCUUACCUGUGCAGUUCUAGAGAUAGUCAUCCACCGCACGUUGCACCCACUGGUGUUUGACUUGUAUGUCAUAUUGUGCCACAGAUUUUGAUGCCAGCAAUUAAAUAUCAGCUGAUUAUCAUAAUAAGAUGUUUCCUGUUUAGAAAGAGACAUUUUUAUGUUGAUUGUGAGUUUUGUUUGGUACAGAAAGCAUCACAAACUGCCUGUCAACUCCAUUUUAUUGUGAUGAGCCUUGUUGCCCGUUUGCCUCUGCAAUUCACAAUAAGAUGUGGACACUUUUUAAAAUUAUUCACAUCAUUCAACUCUUGACAGCGAUAGACAAAGAUUAGACACAAAUCUGUCGUUAUACUUCAUAGAACAUGGUUUAAAAUUCAGAUUUCUUCAAGAAAAGAAGUCAUCUCACCAGAUUUUUACCACAUUGAGUUAUUUUUCUUAGCACUAGAAUAAACUGGAUAGAAUGAGUCCAUGUUUCAAAACCAAACACCUGAACUUGUGUUACAGUGUAUUAAUUAAUCUAAAGUUCAGUAUCAGAAGUCUCCUACCAGAUCUAUUGAGCGUCCCAAAAUGAUCCUUUUUCAGUAUUGCAGUACUUGGUGCUAAGGGUGUCUAAUGGUCCACGAUUCUGUGUAUAUUACUAAUAAGGAGACCAAAUCCUUUAUAUACUCUUGAGGUAUAACAAUGCUUCCUUUUUGACAGUUAUAAUAAUAAAUUAUAAUGAAGUACAGCUGGGAUUGUUUCCAGACCAACUGUAAUGCAAGUGCCUCAGUGGUUUUGUAGGAAUAAUUGGGAUAUAAUUAUUGAUUUUGUUCAGUGUUUCAUAAGUAGUUGGGAAACGUUAACGUUUUUGAAUGGUUUAUACGACCUAUAAAGCCAUGUUUUUGCUUUGUUUCAGUAAACAUACAUCACAUAUUUGUAGAACAUAAUCAAACUUUUACAUCCUGUACAUUUUGAUGUGAUGUGUUUUGUAUUGCUGUCACUAUUAAAGAGCUUGUAUAUGAACA